GUCGGAACCAAUACUGAUCAUACACUUGCAUUAGUUUGAUUUCGGAUACAAGCGGAUAUUUGAGUCCAGAAUAUAUGAGCAGAUACUAAAAUAUGAAGAGACUACCUUAUUUUUAAACUUGAUUAGUAAAUAACUAAAUAUAUGGAAGGAAAUAUUUAUUUUAAAGUACAUUUGAUUAUUUUUUGAAAGAAUGACAAUUAUAAUACAUAAAAUCAAUGAAUUGAAUAAAAUGUCUAAUUUAAGUACUUCAUGUAGAAAGUCAUUUUGCGUGUUUCUCUCAUUGACAAGUACCACAAAUGAUAAAUAUUAAACAAAAACUCUUUCUAUGUGAUUUUAUUUCAUUAAAUCUAAAACAAAAUUUAUGUUUCUUUGUUUAACAUCAUUAUUUACUUUUGUAGAAAACUUUCAUUUCAAAUAAUGAUGAAAGUUCACGUGAAAGCUGAGGAAAUAUUUAUGGUGUGUAGUUCACUACAAAAUAACACUCCAUUAGCUAUGGACAUUUUCCAACCAAUUUUGCGGUAGGAAAUUUCCGACAAACUACCAACAGCCUUCCAACAGACGAAGUUGGGAAUUCGUUGCAACAUCGUAGGAAAAUUUGUAACUGCAUUACAUCAACCUUCCGUCGGAAUUUCGUUGGAAUGGAAUCGGAAGGCCGUUGGAAUGCCGUUGGAAGUCAGUGGGACGGAUUUGGCUUCUGGUACGAAUGCCAUUCGUUGGAAAUCUGUUGCAAGGUCGUUGGAAAGCCGUCGGAAAUCUGUUGGAUAGACGUUGGAGGGCCGUCGGGAUUCCGUUGGAAUUCCAUUGGAAGUAGAUAUUCCAGAAUCAAUUUAAAGCUAGACUAAACAUUGCUCUGCCUUUACAUUACAGUUCAACUUGGCUAGAUCGAGAAUACAUAUAUUUUCCUUCUAUGCUUCUCCCUAACUUACUAUAUAUUUUUAAUCUCACUUUCCAUUACAUAUUUUUAGUAUGUAUAGAGUAGAUAGAAGUUGGAUGUAUGAUAGAUACGAUCCAAAUACAAAAAAUGUUUCUACACAUUUCAUGAAUGGUGUUGAAUCUUUUGUUCAAUUCGCUAGUCUUCAACAAGAUUUUAGUGGCGGAGAAGAAAUUCGAUGUCCAUGUCGAAAGUGUGCCAACCGACGAUUUCAUGCUAUUGAGGAAGUGAAGGUUCAUCUUUAUAGACAUGGAUUUGUUGCUGAUUAUGAGACUUGGACUUCUCAUGGAGAAUUGUUACAAAGUUCCACAUUUGUGGAUUCACACACCCCACAUGAAUAUAAUGCUGAUAAUGUUCAUGGACCACAUUCGGGGAGCCAAGAUGAGACACCAUGGGGCGAAAGGAUGCUAGAAGACAUUAUUGGGGGCUAUGUGCCGCCAGACUCCAUAAACCAUGAUCAUAUUUAUGGAGAACAAAGUGGAGAAGAAUCACUUAAUGUAGAUGACGUAUCAUACUUGGCGGAUCAUUUUCAAAAUGUGUUACAAGCUGCAGAUCAGCCUUUAUAUGAAGGAUGUAAUGAAGGCUCCCAAUUGCAAUUUGUUUCUGAAGUAAUGAGUAUAAAAUCUGAUUUUAAUGCUUCACAAGAUGAAGUCAAUCGGUGGUUGGAAUUAUUUGGUCGAUACUUACCCCGUGACAAUACUGUCCCAAAAAAUUAUUAUGAGACAAAAAAACUUGUUUCUGAAUUAGGUCUUCCGGUGGUGAAGAUUGACGCUUGUCCUAAAGGGUGUAUGUUGUUCUGGAAAAAUGAUGAAAAUUUGGAAGUGUGUAGAUUUUGUGGUGAGAAUCGUUACACAUAUGCUUCGGAUCAGAAUUCCAGGACAAAAAGACAGAUGCGAACAGCUAUUUCUGUAUUACGUUAUCUACCUUUAACACCGAGGUUGCAAAGACUAUAUGCAUCACGUCAAACUGCUGAGUCCAUGAUAUGACAUUCUACUCAUGAGUCCACUGGAAAUUUGAUGGGUCAUGCUUCUGAUAGUGAGGCAUGGAAGCACAUUGACAAUAUAUAUCCUGACUUUGCCUCGGAUCCGCGUAAUGUUCGAUUGGGGUUGUGUUCAGAUGGAUUUGCUGCACACGGGCAGUAUGGCGCAUCAUAUUCAUGUUGGCCGGUUAUUCUAACGACGUACAAUCUUCCCCCUGGUAUGUGCAUGAAAUCCCCAUACAUGUUCUUAUCUCUCAUUAUUCCUGGUCCAAUGUGUCCUAAGAAAAAGAUUGAUGUUUAUCUGCAACCUCUAAUUGAUGAGUUAAAGCAUCUUUGGGAUGAGGGUUCCAUAACGUAUGAUGUGGCCAAAAAUGAAAUGUUUUCUAUGCGAGCCAUUUUAAUGUGGACCAUUAGUGACUUUCCUGCUUAUGGGAUGCUCUCAGGAUGGAGUACUGCUGGAGUUUUAGGAUGCCCUAUUUGUAUGGAAAAUAGCAAGGCAUUCCACCUUAAGUAUGGUGGAAAAGCCUGUUAUUUUGAUUGUCAUAGGCAAUUCCUUCCACGCAAUCACUCAUAUCGUAGAGAUGUAAGUUCUUUCACAAAAGGAAGAAAGGAAACUAAUCGUCCACCCGUUAGAUUAUCAGGGGAACAAAUCUAUGAUCGCGUCGCGGCGAUAGAUACAGCAGUUGAUGACCCCAAUGAAUUACCUGAAGGUUAUGGCUCAGAUCACAAAUGGACAAAAAAAAGUAUUUUUUGGGAUCUUCCUUAUUGGAAAAUUUUACUGGUUAGGCACAAUUUGGAUGUCAUGCACAUAGAGAAGAAUGUAUUUGACAAUUUGUUUUAUACACUCUUGAAUGACAAAGAAAGGACGAAAGAUAACUUGAAGGCACGAAAAGAUGUUGGAAUUUACUGUGAUCGGCCUAGCAUAGGUGUGACCUCUGAUUUUGUUGAUAAAAUUAAUAAGGCUAUAUACACAGUCACAACUGCACAGAAAAAAGUGAUUAUGGACUGGAUUGCUUCUAUCAGAUUCCCAGACGGAUACACAUCUAACUUUCGUAGAUGUAUUAGUGCAGACAGUUUGAGAGUUGUUCAUAUGAAAAGUCACGAUUGUCAUGUUUUUAUGCAAAGACUUAUCACAAUAGCGUUUCGUGAAAUGGUCCCAAAAAAUGUGUGGCAGUUAAUUGCUGAGCUAAGCCAAGUGUUUCAAACGUUGUGCACACGCGUGGUAGAUGUAGAAUUGCUUAGACAGUUAGAGAAGUCUGUUAUUCUUCUGCUAUGCAACAUGGAGAAAAUAUUUCCACCGGGUUUUUUCACUGCUUCCGUACAUUUAAUCGUUCACUUACCUUAUGAAGCAAGAGUGUGUGGAUCAGUGCAAUAUAGAUGGAUGUAUAUGUUUGAGAGGUUUCUUGGGCGCCUAAAAAAGAAAAUCACUAAUAAAGCGCACAUUGAAGCAUCCAUUUGUAGUGCGUACAUCGAUGAGGAGCUUUCAACUUUCGCAUCUUACUACUUUGAAUCAUCAAUACGUUCUAAACGUAUUAGGCCUUCUCGAAACGAUGUUGGUGCUUCAUCUUCAACAACUUCAAUGAGUUUCUCAAUUUUCAAUCAUCCCG